AUGCCUGGACCAGAUGCUCUUCGCGCCCUGAGAUGGCUUUCGAAAAGCUCGAAUGGCCUUCUGUUGGGCACUGAAGCCACAGCGAAACGAUGCCUGGCAACGUCUCUGUCGAGAUCGAUGGCCACAGAGGCUCAGUCCACGACCGAAUAUCUCACAAGGGAGGCCCCUACCGUGCCCAAGCCGACAUGGGAGCCUGCCCCCGUCAAAGCCACCGCCUACUCAUUCCCUUCGAUGGAACCCCUCCGUGUCAUUGAAUAUCCUCGAAACCACCUCUUGAUGCCUCUACGAAAAGAUAUCCUUCACCGAGCCGUUGUGUAUGAGGGCGACAUGACCCGGCAGGGUACAGCGAGCACCAAGUGGAGAGCCGACGUGCAUGGAAGCAACAAGAAGCUGUACGCGCAGAAGGGUACUGGUCGGGCGCGUGCCGGUGACAAGAAAUCGCCCAUUCGAAGGGGAGGAGGUGUUGCUUUCGGUCCUCACCCUCGCGACUUCGCGACGAGUCUGCCCCAGAAGAUCUACGACCAAGCGUGGCGGAUAGCCCUGAGUUACCGGUACAAGCGCGGUCAGUUGAUUAUCAUCGACAACGAAAUCUCCAUUCCCGAAGACGCCACCCCGCAUCUGAUCCAGGAGAUCUUCAAAGUUAACGGCUGGGGCCGCGAAUUUGGACGGUCAACGUUGAUCACAGACCAGCUGAAGGAAGGCCUGUUUGACACGGUACGGGGGGUCGGAGAACACGCAAAGAUUCUGAACCGCCAAGACGUGGACGUCAAGGAUCUCCUGGAGACAGGAAGACUGGUCAUUGAGAAGCAGGCCUUGGACCGCAUUCUGGCUCAUCAUUCGAGGGACUUGAACAACGAGCCGGCCAAGGCUGUGUAUUAG